UUGAAUAUAACAGUGGCAGCAUUCACCGAUUUCAGUCCGGAGCCCAAACCAGUGUGGCGUCACAAUGGUGUCGAUAUUGCUGAAGAUGACCCUCGAUAUUCCUUUGAAGCUUAUGGAAAAACGCUGGUGUUCAAUGUCAGCAUGGAAACAGCAGGCCAGUACGAAUGCGUUUUCCAAACCGAGUCGAAUUUGGAUCGCCCUGCGCCAUAUUGGCCGGAUGGUCCACCUCCAAACAAACGCACAAGCGAAGGUGAAAACGUGAGCUUCGAUUGUAUCGCUUAUGGAAAACCAGUACCCGUGAUUACAUUUUAUAAAAAUGGUGUUGAGAUGAAACCGAAGCCUGGUGACGCCGCUAGCAGAAACUGGGUGAUCACAGGCAAUACUCUAACAUUAUACAAUGUGAAGAAGGGUCUUGCUGGAAGUGGUGAUAAUGCUGUGUAUCAGUGCAAGGCUGAAAACAAGCAUGGAUAUUUGUGGGCCAAUUUUUACCUCAAUCUUCUUGGUUAG